GACUAGCGAAUCAUUCGUAUCGUUUGCUACGGUUUGGCAUUUGCAAAUUUGCACAGCAAAUUGAAACAUUGCUGAUUCUACCUGACAUCACUGGAAGAUAAUAUAAUAUUAUCCUUUUUUUUGUAUAGUUUUUAUAUUUCUUUUAUCUCGUUUCGCAUCUAACUGCGCAUUUAUUCGCAUUUUAUGCAGAUUAGUUGGCUGGUGUUUUCAUGGAUGCUGGGCACACGUAGAGGAAUUACUGUACUUACUACUGAAGUACUGACUGAAUACCGCAUUUUUUUGAACCUAGAUUUCCGUGAUUUGAUUUUGUUCUCCGUGUGAUUCUCCAUGUGCAAGUCUUGCGCCUGUGUUAUGUGUGUAGAUUCCUUUAGGAAAGCUGACAUUGCAGCCUUGUCAUUGGCCAUGUGAAGUGUGGAAGUUUGGAUUACUGUCGGGCUUUUUGAUUGAGUGCUGUUAAUCCAGGAAUUUUCCGUGCGUGCUCCAUGGCAAGAUCAUCGACCUACAAAAAUGGCAGCACGGAUUACAAUCAGCAGCGCUUAAAAGCAUGGAAACCUGAUUUAGAUGCCAAGACGGUGUUAUGGUCUUUUCUCGUCAUUGGAUUCUGUUUUAUUCCUGUUGGCGUGCUCUUAUUAAUGGCCUCCAAUAAUGUACACGAAGUGGUGCUCGAUUAUACAUACUGCUUGCGCAUCCCGCAGCGCGAUGAUCUCCAUUAUGCAUCGAGUUACCUGAACUGUGCGGGAUAUAUUGCUCACACUCCCAAACCAGCGAGAUGCACGUGUAAAGUGGAAUUAAAUUUACCCACGGGAAUGGAGGGCACGGUAACGAUAUAUUACGCACUAAGCCGAUUUUAUCAAAAUCAUCGCCAUUUUUUGAAAUCCCGUGAUGAAUACCAGUUGCUGGGAUAUGUUGGAGGAGUGAGCAAAAGCUGCUCGCCGUUUGAUUCUAUUAACCAUUCAAUAAUAGUUCCUUGUGGCGCUUUUGCUAAUGCCAUGUUUAACGAUACUAUUAAACUACAUAUGAUCUCUGGAAAUCAUGAAGUUCCGCUACUGCGGACGGGAUUAGCGUGGCCUCUGGAAAAAGCGCUGUUUAAAAAUCCCGAAGGAAAGCCUCUCAAUGAAAGCUACGAUGGUUACGUAAAGCCGCCUUCGUGGUCGAAGAACAUAUGGGAAAUGGAUCAGGAAAUUGCAUUCAAUAAUGGAAUGGAGAACGAAGAUUUCAUAAUAUGGAUGCGUCCUUCCGCAUUUCCGGAUUUUCGUAAGGUGUUUCGCCGAAUCGACCAGUCAGUGCAUUGGUUUCAAAGUGGACUUCCGCCUGGAAAUUACACUUUUACAAUUGAUUACAAUUAUCCCGUCACUCCGUACCGUGGCCGGAAAUACUUGGUGAUAUCUAAUGAUUCGGCUUUUGGUGGAAAAAAUCCCUUUCUGGGAAUAGCUUAUAUCGCUACCGGGGUUUGCUUGAUUGUGACUGCUUUGGUGUUGUUCAUUAUUCACCGAAGAUUAGGAAUACGAGAGGACGAGGCAAUCGAUGUUCGGAAAACAGACCCGUAUUACUGGUGAAUCUCAUCCUUGUGCCCACACCAUGAGUUCAACGGAAAUUUAUUUUCCUUGUGGUAGACUGCGAUUUCAUGCUUGUAAUAUAAAUUCAGUCAGUUGAUAUGUGAUAUUGGAAGAUUUUUGUAUUGCUUCCUGAAUGUUUUGUUCCGUUUUAUUUUUAACUAAUAAUUUACAGUAAGUACCUGCCUAAUGCAAGGUAACCUGCUGUUCUGUUGUUGCACGGUUUACAUACAGUAACACCUGUUUUUAAUUGUGCGUGGCAUGCUGUACUUUGAUUGUUUUGUUGUUAUAAUGUUGCAUUGUACAAGUACUUACCUACUGUUCUGCAUGCUCCGGUGUCGUGUUUAUUUUAGUAAUUCACUGGUCCUG